AACAAAGAGUUCAGACGAGCAUAUGUGGAUGGAGUACUGGAAAUGGAUGCUCAUGCAAUCCCACAUGAGUUCAUCUUUAUAGAUGAGGCUGGGUUCAACCUAGCAAAGACCAGAAGAAGGGGGAGAAACCUCAUUGGCCACAGAGCCAUUAUAGAUGUUCCUGGCCAACGUGGUGGGAACAUCACAAUGUGCGCUGCCAUCUCCAGUAUGCAUGGUGUCCUCCACCGUCAUGCCAACCUUGGACCAUACAACACAGCCCAUAUUCUCACAUUUCUGGACAGACUUCACAAUAUUCUCAUACCACCAGAGCGUAUGAAUGAUGCAGACCAUCAAAGAAACCGGUACGUUGUAGUAUGGGACAACGUGAGCUUUCAUCGUGCAGCCCCAGUCCAAAACUGGUUUGCUGACCACCCAACAUUUCUCGUGCAAUACCUCCCACCAUACUCACCAUUUCUGAACCCCAUAGAAGAAUUCUUUUCGGCAUGGCGGUGGAAGGUAUACGACCGGCAGCCCUUUGUGCGCAUUCCUCUUGUGCAGGCCAUGGAAGAGGCAUGUGAUGAGAUUGACGUGGGUGCAAUUCAGGGAUGGAUAAGGCACUCAAGGCGCAUCUUCCCUCAAUGUCUGGCAAGGGAAGAUAUUGCCUGUGAUGUUGACGAGGCGUUGUGGCCAGACCCAGCUGCGAGGCAAGAUGCUGCCUAA